CUAAAGUGUAGAGAAUAAUAUAAUAGUCCUAUGUAGAAACACAAAAACAAGCCACGCACACCCUCUCCAUUCUUUAAUGAGCCCAACCCCCUCCCUCCUCCUCAUCCUCCUCCUCCUCCUCUCUCUCUCUCUACUGUUCUUUCAUUGGUAACAGUAACCCCACACCAAUAGCAUCAGUUGACAGGCGCCGUUUCUCUCUCUCUCUCUCUCUGCAAUUAUAGUUAGUCCAGCGCUCUCUUUAUAAACCCUGACCAAACUCUCCCUGUCUCUCUCAUCGAAAUUCAAAUACAAAAAGAAAUCAUGUUGGUUUCUUCGCACCUACUUCCUCACUGGCUCCAAGUUCUUCUCACGGAGAAGUUCUUCAACGCUUGCAUAAUUCACGAAGAAGCAAAGAAGAAUGAAAAGAACAUAUAUUGCUUAGACUGUUGCAUCAGUAUCUGCCCUCACUGCUUAUCUCCUCACAGCUCUCACCGACUCUUGCAGAUAAGAAGGUAUGUAUAUCAUGAUGUUAUAAGGUUGGGCGACGCUCAGAAGCUGUUCGACUGUGCUUUAGUUCAAUCCUACACCACUAACAGUGCAAAAGUGGUAUUUUUAAACCCAAGGCCUCAAACAAGACAAUUCAGGGGCUCCGGCAACGUCUGCGGAAACUGUGACAGAAGUCUACAAGACCCUUAUCUCUUCUGCUCGCUUUCCUGCAAGAUUGACUGUAUCGUUAAAACAAAAGGUGUGGGCGGGCUCUCAAGUUUUCUCUUUGAUUGCAAGUUCUUGUCCUUACCCGAGUCGGGUUCAGACGACGGUUUGAUGACUCCGGACUCGGUGCUUGAACCGGCCGCGUCAAACCGGACAUCUUCUAGUUCAGGUGGGUAUGGAGGGGUUGGGUGCAGGACGCUUGCGUGCACUGCUACCACUGAGAUUGUAAGAAAGAAACGAAGUAGUUUAUCGGCUUGCCGGCCAAUAUUCCCACGGAUAUCAGAAAUAUCGGCGGGUUUGAUGAACCGGAGAAAGAAGACUCCUAACCGUGCUCCGCUCUACUGAGUAGCGUAAAACAACGGCGACUUUGAGAGGGAGAGAGAGGCGAGGGUGGAGGAGGAGGUAGAAUUGGUAAUUGAUUGUUUAUAGGAGGGUAGUUUGGGGACAAGAUAAAAUUCCUCAAAAAUUUUGUGUAGGAGUUUCUCUCUCUCUAAGGUGUAGUGGUUUGGUUGGGGCAAAUCAAAAGGUUUUUUUCUUUUUAAUUUUUCCUUCUUUAACAGACUUUGGCAACUGUAAUAGUGACAAGAGGACCCUGUUUUGCUCCCUUUUCUUCUCCCCAUUGAUGAGAAGUUGUUGCCAUUCCCA